AUGGCCUCCCCCGCAGCGGAGAGCGGCGCCGCGCUCCCAGCCCUAGGGCCGCAUGGGCAACCGGCGCUCAGUCCCUCCCCUCCUGGGGUCCUCGUGCCUAGCUCUGCGCUUCGGAGCCUCGAGCUCUUGGACAGCAGUUGGUUGCUCACUCGGAUACAGAGGGUCGGUAAAACUUUCUCCGAGAGCCGGGUGCCAUCCCAGUGUCCCAGCGUGGCCCUCGCUGAACGAAACCAGGCAGCCACACUGCCGGUGCGGCUGCUCAAGGACAGCCCGGCAGCUCACGAGGACAAUGAUCAUGCUAGAGACAGUUUCCAAAUGAAGAUGGAUGCCCGUGGCUUUGCCCCGGAGGAGCUGGUGGUGCAGGUGGAUGGCCAAUGGCUCAUGGUGACCGGACAGCGGCAAAUGGAGGGCAGUGACCCAGAAAGGGGCAGUUACAGCAUGUCACAGAAGAUGCACCGGAAAACGCGACUCCCAUCCAACCUGAAUCCCACCGCCAUGACCUGCUGCCUGACCCCCUCCGGCCAGCUGUGGGUCAGAGGCCAGUGUGGGGCACUGGCUCUCCCUGAAGACCAAACAGGACCGUCCCUGAAACUCGGCAGCCUCAGCUCUAAGGCUUCCAAGCUGACCCAGUAAACAAUAACCCUGUGUGCAGCA